AACAUGGCGGCGCCCAGUAACACGGAGCAUUCUCCAGAGAUAUCGACGCCGUUAAAGGUACCGAAAACCGAGGUGCCAUCCCCUGAAUCCGAGGAUUUGAGUGACAGUAAUCAAUAUCACUCUAAUCCCUCGACGCCAAAUCGCUUCUCGCCUUUGAACGUGAGCUCAGGAGCUGCGGGCCGGACGGCGGCCUCAUCCUCCUCCAACAGCUUCACGGCUUGCCGAGGGAUGUCGUGGACGCCCUCCGAGACAAACGCCCUCAUCGCGGUGUGGGGUAACGAGAGACUGACGGAGGCGAGGAUGCAGCAGCUGGAGGUCGCCGGCACCGUGUUCUCUGGUAAGGCCCCGGGUCCUGCCAUGUACGAGCGGGUGUCCAGAGCCCUGUCGGAGCUGGGAUACGAGCGGACCCCGUCCCAGUGCCGGGAGAGGAUGAAGACGCUGCGGCGCUGCUACAGCCGUGUAAAGGAGCAUGGCAUUGGCAAGAGGAAGAGCAGCUAUACUAUAGAGCAGCUGGAGAAGGUGUUCGGUCAGGGAGGCUGGGACUCCCAGAGCUGUGCCCCUGUGCUCAUUAACAGCAGUGGGCUGUAUCAGGAGAUGGAGUCUGAUGGCAGCACCCUGGAAGACUUCUCACAGGAGGACUGGUGCAACCAGGUGCUGGACUCAGCAUUCCAGGAGGGAGACAUGGAGACGGAAGAAAUCCAGGUGCCUAAACACAGAGUCCUACAGAUACAAGCGGAGCUGUCAGAACAAACACAAAAAAGGGACAUGAUGCAGACGGUCAUCCGUAUUCUUGAGUCUGUGCAGCUUAAGUGGGAGCACUUUCAGACGUGGACUGAAUUCUCACGGCUACACCUCUCCAACAAGCUGGCCAUCUUUGCCGUGGGGUACAACACGCGCUGGCGUGAGAGCGUGCGUUACCACUACGCUGAAAUAAGCUCGCAGGUGCCGCUGGGUAAGAGGCUUCGCGAGUACUUCAACCCGGAGAAGCCCGAAGGCCGCAUCAUCAUGACCAAAGUUCAGAAGAUGAACUGGAAGAAUGUUUACUACAAGUUCUUGGACAUUACCAUCAGCGAGGCUCGUUGCCUUGAGCUGCACAUGGAGGUGGACUGGGUCCCUGUGUCCCAGUCAAGGGUGACAGGCUGCAGCAGAAGCACAUCCCACUACCUCCUUCCUGGGGACAUCCCCAAAGCAUAUGGACUAUACGCUGUUGGCUACGAGGCAGUGUCGUCCUCUGAUGGCACUCCUCAGACCUCUUCCCAGAGUGAUAGUGAAGACCACAGCUUACCUCAGAGUGGGUUAGAGAAUGGGGCUCAGAGUCAGUCUGAUGGAGAAGGAGCAGGGCACAGUGACAGGACUGGGGCUAAAGUCACUUACUGCUACCUGGGCAUAGCCGAGGACAGGACCAUACACCAGUGUCUCUUUCAGCACUUUCAGGGCUCUGGCAAACACUAUAUCCAUGGUGAGCCGUCCGCCGUGACGCGUUUCCUGCAGGAGAACUGUCACGAUGCGGGAACAAGUCAGGAGGACAGUGCAGGUGAAGACUCACCUCAGCGUUUUGCCAUUUACAUAAAAUUUAUUGAGGUGGAGCUGGACUUCCUCUCAGCAGGCUCCCUGGUGGAGUGCCUCGAAACUGCUGUUGGCUAUUCCUUAAAAUACAACAACAAAGAAACGUUGUAACUGCCCCUCAGUGUUUCCAAUUUGUACUGUUAUAACUAAGUUAUACAGCUAACAAGGCAGCAGAAAAGGUGUCCUUAAUAAAGCAUGGGUGUGGGAAAUUUUCAGGGCUGCAACUAAUAAUUAUCAGUUAAUUUUCAGACUAUGUUCCACUGAAUUGGUCGAAGUAUAAAAUGUCAGAAACUUGUGAAAGCUGACCAAGGAGACAACAUUUGCUUGUUUUAUUAAAGGAGACCUAUUCUGCUCAUUUCCAUGUUUUAAUUGUGGGACUAGAGCAGCUUUGUAUGAUUCACAGUUCAAAACGAUCCUCGCUCUGGUAUACUGGUGCAGUUCAUCCACAGGCUCUUUUAGUUCCUCCUUCAGUCCUGCUUUCUUCUGAUUGGCUGCCCUUCACAGACAGAAGGUUUGAACAGCAGACGUGUGGGAUUUCUGUUCUCUCAGCCAGGACUGCGUGCCUGAGACCACCAAAUGAAGGCUUUCCUGCUUUUAUUGACAGCUACGUGAGCUGGAUUAUUUAGAGCAGCUUAAAGCCUUUGGCUAACAGGAAGUAUUGCACAUGUGCGGACCUCAUUAUUUGAAACUUUGUUUGAUAUGAGCGUCCGCCAUUCAAAGAGUACGCCUACGACAGAAUAUAAGGAAAGCAUAAAAGGUCUCCUUUUAAUAAACUGUCCAUUUGACAAAUAAAUGCCACAAAGUAUCAUAUUAGGAAAAAGUUUAACCAUCACGUUUGAAAUUUUUGUUCAAAACAGAAGUCAGAAUGAUUCAUUAUUCCAGUUAUUUUCUGGAGAUGCGUCUGAUUUUGUUUUGGUUUCAGUUGCUCAAGCUGAUAUUUUUUAUCAAGUCUAAAAAGAACAGUACACAGUAUGGAAACAUAAUGUGUAGAAAUGUGUACGUAAACUGUCAGAGAGCUGGUGUGUGUACUGGUUAUUUUAGGCUGAUGUGCACUAUUUGAGGAUCUGCUGCUUGUUCAGUGUAGAUACAUAUUGCCUCAUCAGGGAGUGCUUGGUUGGCAAGGUGACUAUUGCAGUAUGCAUCUGUCUACCUCAGUAAGAUGUAGCAAAAAUGGCAGCAACGGGACCACAGUGUGUAUUUAUUUUGAAGCUGCCUUUAAUUUGACUGUCGCAGUCAGGACGUGAGCGUGUCUGAGAGUGAUUACUGGUGGAUUUAUGCCUUAUGUUUUGCACAUGUAACAGGGCUGCAGGUGGGGAUGCUUCAAUUAAAAUUUCAGGUCAGAAGCAAAGAGUAAAUUUUAGCAAGAUAAUCCAUCCAGUCACCUUUCCAGACAAUAUGCUCCAAUGGCAAAAUAUAUUAUCAGCUAAGAAUCUGUAUUUAUGGGAUAUGACUGAAAGUUAAAAAAAAAAAAAUUGGCUCAUAAACCUUACCUGAUGUAAAUUUGGCUGAUUUCCAUUAAAGAUCAUUUGAUCUUAGUGGUGAAGCCGGCGAGCACAUGCCCAUGCUGCGGUGUGGGCAGCGCAGGUUUGAGUCCCGGCCUGUCACCAGCUUGCCCGCGUGUCUUCCCCCGUAUCU